AUGUCAGACCACGGCAGUCAUUACAGUAGUGAUGGCAAUCCUUUCAGUCACCCAGGCUACGGCGCUACUGUUAUAUCCGCCGGCGUAGGCAUGGGCAUGCUAAGAUCCGGAAUUCCAGCAGGAAAUGAGCCAGUACCACGAGUUCCAAGAUCAUUAUAUGAUAAAAAACACUGUGGAGCUUGUGAUGCAUCAACGGAACGCUCUGAUGGACAUUGGAAAGAAGAGCACAUUCAUGACAACAUCGAGUGUAGAAGGGCCUACUUGGACGGAACAUGCGAAUAUGAGAGAUACGCGUUUGCAGUAAUGCCGGAUCGAAUUUAUGCACCCGAGGGAUAUGUACCACCCACACAAACUCCACAACUUCAAUAUUCAAACCCUCAAUUUCAGAUACAAGAAACUCAGGCUUAUUCAUCAGAACCUCCAGGUACCCAGUCUGAAACCCAAUCAACUCAAGCUUAUUUUAUUCCACACUCACCUCAAUACCUUCAAGAACAACAGCAUUCAGAUCAAGCACUUUCCCCUAACGCUUAUCAAACUAAUCACCCAUCAGCGUGGCUACAUUCGCGAACUAAUCCUAGCCAGCCAGAUCAGGGGUACACUCAACAUCCAACCGAGAUGCAAGACGACUCUUACACUGGUGAUGAAUCUCACAACUCCAGUCCUGCUCACGGUUCAGGAGCGCAACGUGCUCCUGUGGCAACUGUUGGCGCAUCCCAAGGACGGGGGUAUACAAAUGCAACCCUAAAUAGUGGCAGUAGCCACCGUGGUUCUCGUCGUGCUGGUAGUAGCCGAAGGAGCUAG